AUGCCCUCUUCACCCGUGUCACCAGCUACUGCUACCUCGCCGAGCGAGACUGUGUCACAGCAAAUAUCUACUCAAGCAUCUUCUCCGACUGAAAUCUUUACGGACAUGUCGAACCAACCGGAUGGAGACCUCAAAGAAGACAAUGUGGAGCAGAAGAAUGCAGAAGAUGAGGAUGACAUGGAGGACAUGGAUGGCAAAGCCAAGGCCUUGACAAAUCUCCUGAAGACAAGUUCUGUCUUCGUUGCGAUUAUGGCAGAUAAAAUGAAGGAACAACAGCGCCAGCAGCGAGAACAAGCCCAAAGAGAAGCAACAAAAGCACGCACCACGAAAGGGAAGCAAGAGGUUGCGAAAGUAGAGCCACGAAGGUCAACGCGAGCUCAUGACGAUGGGAAGGACAGCCAUCAGUCUAGAGCCAAGCAGAAAGAAGAUCGCGGAUCCGAGCCAAAGCCAGCAUCUACACGUGGCAGAGGACGACCCCAGAAGAACGCGAAAGCAAACAAACAUGGUGUAGGCAUUGCACAAUUCUUCAACAAGGACGACAUUCCAGUGGAAGAAGAUGGUCCUACAGUUCAGGAAGCAUUGGCGCAAGCAGCGGACGAAUACGAUGCCAAACCUGAAGGCCUCGGGGCCCAAGAGUUGGUAGCGACUCAACAACCAGAACUGGUCACGGGAGGCCAAAUGCGGGAAUACCAGCUGGAAGGCUUAGAAUGGCUGAAGUCACUAUGGAUGAACGGACUUUGUGGCAUUCUUGCCGACGAGAUGGGACUUGGCAAGACCAUUCAAGCUAUAUCACUGAUCGCUUUCUUCAAAGAGAAGAAUAUCUCGGGACCAUUCCUAAUCGCAGCGCCGCUCAGUACAGUCAACAACUGGAUCGACGAGUUCACUCGCUGGACGCCAGCAAUUAACACCGUUCUGUAUCAUGGCUCGAAGGAAGAUCGUGCUGACAUACGUCGGAAGAAAAUGAAGAUGCAAGACCAAAAGAAGUUCGAGUUUCCGGUGGUUGUGACAAGCUACGAGAUUUGUAUGAAUGAUCGCAAAUAUCUAGCCAAUUACCAAUGGCGAUACAUCAUAGUGGACGAAGGACAUCGUCUGAAGAACAUGAAUUGCAGGCUCAUCAAGGAACUCCUGACAUAUAACUCAGCAAAUCGCCUUCUCAUUACUGGUACUCCUCUCCAGAAUAACAUUGCCGAACUGUGGUCUCUACUCCAUUUUCUACUUCCAGAGGUCUUCAAUGACCUCAGCAGCUUCGAAUCAUGGUUCGAUUUCUCUACAGUUCUCGAGGACAAGGCCUCCGACGGUCGAGGUGAGAAGCAGAAAGGGAAGCUCGUUUCGACGAUGCACGCUAUUUUGAAGCCUUUCCUUCUCCGACGAGUCAAAACCGACGUAGAAUCCUCGCUCCCGAAGAAGCGUGAGUAUAUCCUCUACGCACCUUUGACUACCGAGCAAAAAGAACUCUACCGCGAGAUUCUGGCUGGCACCAGCCGUAACUACCUGGAAGGCAAAGCAGUUGAAAGAAUCGAAGCCAAAUCUCGUACUGCAUCCCUUAAACGAAAGGCAAACGAUAGUGGUCGCUCCACUCCCGCCAAAAGCAUCAAGACAAGCCGAGCAUCCACUCCUGCCUCCACCAUAUCAACCACAGGAUCCGUCCGUCGGGGUCGUAAAGGUAGGCAAUCCUACAGAGACAUCACUGACCGCGAAUUUAACGCCAAACUCCGCCGGCUUGAAAACGGUGAUGAGAAUCCCUCCGACAAUGAAGCCUCAUCCCACAAGAUUUCCUCGAGCGAGGAACUCGAAAUCACCCGCGCCGCAAACCUCAGACUCGCAAAGAAGGAAAUCUCAACCAAGAAACUCCAAAACCCCGUCAUGCAAGCCCGGCUGGCCUGUAACUCCCCUCACAACUUCUAUUGGCCAUGGGGACCGCAAGCCUUGUCUACCGAUGAUGACGACGACGCAGAGAAUCCCUCCCCUCCCGUAGACGAAACGCUAGUAACCGCCUCCGGCAAACUCCUCCUCCUCGACCGUCUCCUCCCGCACCUACUAAGCCUCGGCCACAAAAUCCUAAUCUUCUCCCAGUUCAAAACCACGCUCAACAUCAUCGAAACCUACUGCUCAGCCCUGCGUUCAUACCCUUGCUGCCGCAUCGACGGCUCCAUCAGCCAGUCCGAGCGAGCGGCGCAGAUCAAAGCCUUCAACACCGACCCCUCCACCAAACUGUUUCUCCUAUCCACCCGCGCCGGCGGCCAGGGCAUCAACCUCGUCAACCCGCAGCAGGAUCUGCAGGCCAUGGAUCGCGCGCACCGCAUCGGCCAGACGAGGCCGGUGAUUGUGUACCGCUUUGCGACCCGGGGCACGGUCGAGGAGGUGCUGUUGGGCAAGGCGGACGCGAAGCGGAGGCUCGAGAAGCUGGUCAUCCAACGCGGGAAGUUCAGGAGCCUGCUGGAUGGGCUGGAUGCUCGGAAGGGGACGCUGAAAGACGAAGACGAACUAAAAGGCGUCUUAGGCGACCUGGAGGAGUUUGAGAAAUUCGACACCGCUACCUCCGCUUCGACGACGGAUGGAGUCGGCAAUGCGACGGAGAGGGCCGUGCCAGAGAUUCUAUCCGAGGAGGAUCUGAGAGUGUUGACGGAUCGCUCCGAGGCGGCGUAUGAGCGGGCAGAGAAGGGCAUGGAGAUCGAAGGCAAGAGUGGAGUGUUCAAGGUGGCCGAGACGAGGAGGGAGGGGGAGCAGGUGCUGGGCGAGAUGAGUACGAAAUGA